UCCAACUGUUCGACGGAGCAAAAUCACAGAGAGAAUUCAAAUGUAUUUACAAAUUUGAUUAUACCUUCAUCUGUUAGGGUUCUGUAAUUGUUCAAAUUGAAGUUUUAAUUUCUCGAAGAUUUCAAUUUUUAUAGUAUCUGCAAAUGAAGUUGAAGAUGAACAAAGCAUCGGAUCUUAGCUCUAUCUCUGUUCUUCCUCCUCAUGCAAGGAGGCCAAGUGUGGUACCAAGUGCAGCAGAGUCUUCCGUUUUCGGGAAAAGCCAACCAUCACAGGUUCGGUCACAGCAGCAAUCGCAACAAUCCUUCUCACAGGGAUUUUCAUCUCAGCAAGCAAUCUACUCUCAGUUAUCACAGAGCUCUCUGGAUGAUUUUGUCCCUAAUGAGCAAAGAUUGGGUUCUCAAGAAAGAGAAAAUUCAGCAAAAAGGAUGAGCUGUUUGCCUCAUAUCAACUACACACGAGAAGAGACUCAAAUGCAGUUAUCAAAACCUUCGACCAAUUAUUUGCGCAAAUGGUCAGUUCCUGAAAGCAAAUACCAGAUUGAAGAACUUGAACACAAAAUUGGAAUGGUAGAGACUUCAUUAAGCAGGCAAGGAAUGAUCUUAGAUUCUAUUCAGAGUGAUAUUAUGCAAGUUAACCGGGGAACAAAAGAGAUAUUGAUGGAGAUGGAAAGCUUACGACCGAAGUUAGUUUCUCAUGAUGAACUGUUGCAAUUGAUGAACAAGGAGAGGGAAGAUCUGAAAGCUAGCCUGGAGGGGACCUUCAAAUCCAUGUUUGAAGAGCUUAGGGAGAACAAAUAUCAAGAGAACAUCAGAGAUCUCUUAUCACUGCUUAGAGCUAUGCCCAACAAACUUGAGAUGUGCAUUUUGCAACUUCAAACUGAUUUGAGCAAGACCUUGGCUAAAGAGAUUCAGAUAAUUUCCCCCCGCCCAGAUUGUCAUGGAAAAAAACAUGAAACCGCUCCAGUCGAUCCACCAAAAGUCAUCAAUGAUUGUAGCCUUCCCCGUGAAGUGAAGUUUCUAAAGAAAGAUCAGAAAACAACUACGCCGCCGAAGAUUGAAAUGGGAAGCUGGACUACAGUAAAAAUUAAUCAAACUUGUAUGAAGCAGAAAAAUCCCAUCAGAAGUCACACACAGAAUGAAGCAUUUCAAAAGUUGCUUCCUUUGUAUGAAAUGGGAAGCUGGACUACAGUAAAAAAUAACCAAACUUGUAUGAAGCAGAAAAUUCCCAUCAGAAGUCUCACACAGAAUGAAGCAUUUCAACAGAAAAUUCCCAUCAGAAGUCACACACAGAAUGGAGCAUUUCAACAGGAAAGGGGACAUAGAAUUACCAUUGAAUCUGAUGAGGAUAUUGACGCGGGCUUUUCCUGCUUGCUUGAAGAAAAUGGAACAGAAAACCCAGGGAUUUAUCCACUAGAUGAUGCAAAGGAAGAGAGUGCACGCAUAUUAAGGAAAGCAAGGAGGCGAAAGAGAAAGCAUUUUAACACUAUCAUUAUAGAUUGAAGGUACACAGUGAAUUUAUAAUCUGCUGAAUCAAGGUCCUGUGAUUUGAUAAGCAGUAAAAAAUGUAUUAUUGAUUCUUCUGUCUUUCUUUAGCCGAUUAUAGGACAUGUUUGCUAUUUGACUUUUCAUUAUUAUUAGAAAAUCCACGACUGACCAUUACAUAGCAAGCAAAAUCUGUGUUGCUGCUGCAAUACUCAGUCUUAGGUGAUUGUAUAACGAGAUGUCAACAGACUCAGCACCAUAAGAAUAUGUAAUGCACUGGGAUUAUAUAAGCAAAAUG